AUGUUUCGUCGCAUUUCCUCUGCUGCAGCGACACGGCCGAUGGCGACCAUGGCGCAUCCGUUGACCUCUGCGGUGCAGUUCCAGUCGGUGACAAGCACGCAUGCGGCAGUUUCAUGUAUAGCGAUGCGCGGGUGCAGCAGCACCAGCGGCACCUCAUCCGGCGACGUCUCUUCUACAAAGGGUGCCGCCUUUAGCGCGAGCCGACUCGGUCAGCGCGCGCCGUCGAUCAACUGCGUGACACUCGUUGGCGUAGUGCAUGACAUCCAAACCGGCUACGUCUUCGAAGACGCUGUCACCCAAUUCACGCUCACCACGACAAGCCUGGAUGCGGCGAACCAAGCCCAAGAGUGCGUGGUGGAGAAGGACCAUCACACCGUGCGCUGCUAUGGCGACGUCUUUUCCCGAGAGGUCCGCGCAAAGCUGAGCGAGGGCAACGUGGUCUGCGUGAAUGGCCGUCUGCGCUUGAAUCCGCAAAUGGAGCCGUCGUGCAACAAGUACUACUACUUCCCCUACAUCCAAGUUCAGCCGCCGCACGGCCAGGUGAGCGUCGUUUACGGCGACCGUCGCUCUCCUCCGUCGCCGGUGAACGUGGCGGCAGGUGAGCUGAACAAUGGCAACGGCAACUCCACAAACAGCGGCGGACCGGCCGAGAACGGCGAUGCUAGCGUAAAGACGCAGAGGACGCCGUAA